CCUAGACUCUUCCUUUCCGUCCUGAACCUGUUUCUUCUCUGGCAAGCCUGUGCCUGCGCGCGCCUCGCCGUUUUGGUUUUCAUCUCCCGCUCUUUCUCCCCCCUCCCUGCUCCGGCCAAGUGCUGGAACCAAGAGAAGGCGAUGGGGGCGGCGGCGGAGGAGCAGUAGCAGGGGGGAGGGGAUGGGGUGGGCUUCAAGGUGGCUCCGCGGGCUGCUUGGCGGCGGCAAGAAGGCCGGCGAGCACAAGCCGGAGAGGGAGAAGAAGCGCUGGGGCUUCGGCAAGUCCUUCCGGGAGAAGGACCCGGUGCGUCCACCGGCGCCGCCGGUGCAGCGGGCGGCGACGCCCCGCCGCACCUAUGCGGCGUCGGAUGACGGCGGCGACGAGCAGAACAAGCGCGCUAUCGCCGUGGCCGCGGCGACGGCGGCGGUGGCCGAGGCCGCCGUUGCCGCGGCGCAGGCGGCCGCCGCCGUGGUGCGGCUGACCAGCAGUGGCCGGUGCCCGCCGGCCGGGGCGAAGCACGAGGAGUGGGCGGCCGUCCGGAUCCAGGCCGCUUUCCGUGGCUACCUGGCGAGGCGCGCACUGAAGGCGCUCCGCGGGCUGGUGAAGCUGCAGGCGCUGGUCCGCGGCAACAUCGUCCGGCGGCAGGCGGCCGAGACGCUCCGGUGCAUGCAGGCGCUCGUCAGCGUGCAGUCCCGCGCGCGCGCCACCCGCGCCACCCGCUCCCGGCAGGCCGCAGCACACCCGGGCGCGACGACGCCGGAGAAGUACGAGCAGGCGGCUUAUGAUGGCGCGCUCAGGCACGGCCGCUCCGGCUCACUGAAGGGAGGGUCGUCAAAGACACCGGGCAGCGAGAGGAUGAGCAGGGAGAGGUCAGAAUCUUGCGGGAGGAACUGGCUGGAUCGGUGGGUGGAGGAGAGGUACAUGGAUGACGAGAAGAACGCCAAGAUUCUCGAGGUGGACCCCGGCAAGCCCGGCCGGCACGCAUCCAAGAGGCGAAGCAGCAGCGGCGGCCACCACCACCAGUCGUCGUGCUCGACCAGGACGUCCGAGCAGAACAGCCGGAGCUACGCGACGAUGCCGGACUCGCCGUCCAGGGACUCAACCACGGCGCAGCAGUCCGUGCCCAGCCCGUCAUCGGUGGGCAUGGGCGCGGCGGAGGCCCUGAGCCCGCUGCGCCUGCCGGCGGACCUGGCGGCGGAGCUGUACGAGAGCCCGCAGUUCUUCUCGGCGACGUCGCGGGCGGGGAGCUCGAAGCGGGGCGGCGCCUUCUUCACGCCGACCAAGAGCGAGUGCGCGCGCAGCCUCUUCGGCGGCUACUCCGACUACCCCAACUACAUGUCCAACACGGAGUCGUUCCGGGCCAAGGCGCGGUCGCAGAGCGCGCCCAAGCAGCGGCCGCUGUACGAGAAGUCCGGGUCCCUCCGGAAGGCGUCGGCCCACGCCUUCGCGCCGGGGGCGGCGGCGGGGCAGAGGUCGUCGGCGUCGGCGUCCCUGCACGCCAAGUUCACAAAUAAGGCGUACCCUGGCUCCGGCCGGCUGGACCGGCUGGGCAUGCCUGUCAAGUACUGAAUCCUGCUGCCAUGUGAGCAGUGUUGAGAACAGGGUUCAGGUCAGUGUGUCCCAAGACCCCAACGAGGGUGAAGUAAAGUUAGUAGCGGCAGUUUGUUAGGUUUGAGCUUUUGUGGUGUGCUAUUACCGUCAGAAAGUACUUUCCUGUUAAUGACCGUGACUGGUUAAGUGUAAGUUGUACUGGUGUUCCCGCAAAAAAAAGUGUAAGUUGCUAGUAAUCACCCAAA